AUGACGGUGCGAGCAACCCUUACAGAAUUGGCGGUUGAGUACCGCCUGAAGGCUAUUCGAUCUCUGGGUGAGACUCUCCAGAACGGUAUAUCCGCGGGUUUCAACGAGGACGAGCGAGACGGCAUCUUUGCGACCAUUCAAAUACUUUUACUACAAGAUAAGAUUUUCGAAUCAGGUGUUUCAGCUCACGGAGUGCAUAUUACGGGCGCCCUGUCUAUAUGCAACCAACUGCGAUUAUCCGACACAUUAAGACGCGAGGACAAGCGGACAAUCUUCUUCUUGGGAAACCUGGCGUGGUUAGACGUUAUCCGGUCCCUCGCAGACCCUGAGCGACUGUGCUUUUCUUCCCAGUUGCGCGAAACUAUAAUCAAACUGAGCGAUAUCAAGUUUGAGCAAGUGAAUGGGUGCCCCCGUGCGCUAUUUCUUAUUAUGGGCGGUGUGUUAGAACACGCUAAAGCACAUGCUGCAGGGCAGAUGGAGGAUGCCCAAUUUGAGGUGCUCCUCGAGGCUGCGCGCCAGAAUCUUUUUUCAUGGCGUUCGACCAGCUUCUCGUAUCCGUCUGAUGAUUCGCGAUGGUUUGCAGUUGCCGAAGCGUUCCGCCAUGCAUGCAUACUACAUACCUCCCGCUUGUUGGAUGCAACACAGCCGGCAGAAGCGCCGAUCAUUCAGCAAUCAGUUACUGCGAUAUUAGAUGCUGCCGCAGAGAUACCGCCUGACUGCUACCUUCUGGAGCUGCUAGUGAUGCCCCUAUUUAUAGCUGGAACGGACACAUUAUCCGCACAUGCACGCCACUACGUUCUGCUAAGAUUGGAGCACAUCAAAUUCAGAGCUGGAUUUGGUAAUCCAUUGCCUAAUUCUCUUCUCCAGUCUGUUUGGGAUGCUCGCGCAAAUCAGCCUAAGAAGGAACAUGAAAAUAUCCCGUGGAUGCGAUUUGUAAAUGUCGUGAAACGAGAAAGCCCGCUUUACCCGGCUAACUUGUACAGACAAGGGAAACGAGUAUAG